CUUUGAUCUUUCAUCUUCCAAUUGGCCAUUUUUUUUAUUUGGAAAUUUGGCCAAUCUGCUUCCCAAGAGCCCAAAACGCAGCUCUAAGAUGGCAGGUCUUGACAGUGUACAAGGGAGUCUACUCCGGAAGCCCUCGGGCAAGAAGGAGGAUGAGCUUGAACGGACAGCGUCGACGUACAAGGCCCUCCAUUCCUUUCGGUUGGCCAAGGAUAAGUCAUACAAGCAACAAUUCGCUGAUAUGUACUUCUUGAGGUUGACCAAGAUCAAGCCAGCUGUCGAGGCCAUUGCAUCUAAAGCAUGGAGCAACACGGUCAUUGGUGGCGAGCAAGUUAGGCGGAUGGACAGAGUACUGGACAUUCGGCAGGGCGAGUUAUGUUGGACCACUGGCACAGUCUACAUGGAUAUGGCUCUGAAGCCCAAUAUUUUGGAGGACGUCUCCAAGGACAGAUGGAUCUCCGCGCCCACAUCGACACAAAAGUAUUGGUCUGAUGACGGAUCAGAUGCCGUCACUUUGGAGGACGAAUCUGGUCGCAUACGCCUCGUCGGCGAUGCGCUCAAGUCAGUAUUUCUUGUCACAGGGUGUGUUAUUGCCGUAAUGGGAACCGAGAACGCAGACGGCACGCUAGAAGUUAUCGAUUUCAAACUUCCGGAUUUGCCGCCACAACCAGAGCGUUGGGCGUUAUCGAAACCUCCAACCACUAACGGUACGAAGACUAAGAAGCACAGAGAUGAGGACGACGAGAUGACCGAUUCGCAAUCCCGUGGAAGUGGCGGGAAAAUUGCGAUAGUCUCCGGUUUAGGCUUUUCAGGCUCGAAUGCGUCACACGCAAUGGAACUCAACUUGCUCCUGGAAUACUUGCUUGGCGAAGUCUUUGACUCUUCCGUGCAGCAGGAGUUAUCACAAAUAAGCCGCUUAAUAAUAGCUGGCAAUUCGAUAUCAAAUGAAGAACGGCCGAUCACUGAGGAAAAGCCGACCGAGAAGAAGACGAGUAAGAAAUACGGGUAUGAUGCCAGCUCGUACAACGCCUUACCUUCUCAGCUUCUCGAUGAUUUCCUCGGGUCCAUUCUCCCCACCAUGCCAGUUACCAUGCUCCCUGGUGCGCAAGAUCCUGCAAAUGCCAGCUACCCACAACAACCUAUACAUCCAGCCAUGUUCCCGAAUGCCAGGCCAUACACUGCUACGCCCACCUCAAAUGAAGCAGGCUGGCUUGACAACGUAACAAAUCCGUGGGAAGGUGAAGUUGACGGGUGGCGGGUGCUGGGCACAGGAGGCCAGAAUGUGGAUGAUGUCUUCAAGUACGUCGAUAGUGAGGAUAGACUGGGUAUGAUGGAAGCCAUGUGCAGGUGGCGCUGCUGUGCACCAACAGCGCCUGACACUCUUUGGGCAUACCCGUUCCAAGACGAUGACCCGUUUGUUAUGAGAACGUGUCCGCACCUUUACUUUGUUGGAUGCCAGCCUGAGUUUGGAACAAGAGUCGUCACCGGUCCAGAAGGGCAGUCUGUGCGGCUUAUUACCGUACCAUCGUUUGCUGCAACAAAGGAGUUGGUCUUGGUGGAUAUGGAGACACUGGAUGUAACGAAAGUCAAGAUCGCUACUUUGUAAGUGAGUGAGCGAGUUUGAUCUUUAAGGGGUUGACAAAAUGUAGCAGAGAUAACUGCAGCAUAUACUCGAAUGAUACCACAAGUCGCUAAGAACACAAAAGCAUUGCUCAAACUAUUGUUCAUGGCCAUUUCAUAGCAGCUAACUUAGUCUAAGUCCGGCUAUUAACUAACCGAUUAGAACCCAUCGCAAAGCCCAUGUGAAACCACCGCAAGAUUGUCGCAUAGAGGCUAAAAAUGAAAUAGUGAGAAAAGACGGGUUGAAUACCACUGCCGACCACUUGUCUAUUGCGCCAGGUGAUUUGUAUCACUUGAAAGCGAUCGGACGAAAACCGAAUGCAUACAAAACCGACUGGCACAACUUUCAGGAGAAAGGAACCCGAUGAAAGGCCAAGUCCAAAACCAC